AUGCAGCGAACGAAAAAGCCGCCGCCAGCUAAUAAGAGGCACACCAAGCCUUGCAAGUACUUCCAACUGGGCAGCUGCUCGCUAUCGGCGGAAAGCUGCAACUUUGCCCACGUCGUUGUCGCCCCACCUCUCCCUACCAAAGGUGCCUCCAUCUGCAGAUACUACUCGACUGGAACGUGCCACAAUGGAACAUACUGUCCUUACGGACACAGCAACCAAGCGGAGUCUCCCUAUCAACCUCGCAUCCACAUUGCCGGACAAGAGCCUCGAGGAGAAUGGCAGGCGCAUUCAACUUCCCCUAUAGAUUCCGUCUAUCUCGAUGCUCCACCCAUGUACGGCAACUAUCCAUCGGCGUACUCACCGUACCAUCACGAGUGGUCCUACGCCGCCGGAAUCAGUGCCCAACCACCGCCUGGCUACCCAUCAAACUAUAUCACACCACCAUCCUCCGGUGCACAACCUAACAAUAACCAGAAUCCCUUCACCCUCGGAUCCAAGUCGUCCAUUCCAGACCUAUCAACUGCUUCGUCCAAAGGUCACCCUGCCCCUGGUUUUACUUCCACUGCGCGGGACUAUCCCCAUCACUCCCCUUACCAUUACCCCCACAUUGCUACCCGGAGCAGCAGCAAUGACACGACGAGUACGGCCACAACAGAUACGACUGUGGCCAGCAGCAGCAGCUUGAACAGUGGGAGCGAUGACACAGGUUCAAGUUCGUUUUCAAGCUCGAGCACCGAUUCGGACUCAAUCGAGCUUAUUGUUGCCACCACAGAGGAUCCGCAAUAUCCGGAACGUCGACAUGAGCAUCAGUCACAAGUGGUCGUCGCGGACCCGCCUGGGCCAGAGCAUGUUCCACCGUUUGUAGUUUCGUAUCCUCGAGGAGGAUACCCCUUCCAACCCCAUCGCCCAAUGCCUGGCAGCUACAAUAGGCCUAAUCGAGCAGUCAGUCAACCUACGACUUUUGGGAGCGCUAGGACUGUAUCCCGGAACUCUGGAAAACCUAAGCCUAGCAAGUACAAGACUAAGCCAUGCAAGUUCUGGGCCUUAAAUAAAACGUGCGCAGCGGGGGAUGACUGUACCUUCCGCCACGAUGAACCACUCUCUUUGCCGAACCCAGGACCGCCUCCCGGCCACCGAUAUUCACCCUCUCCUCCACGUCUUGAGGCGCCGAGGCCGAGGGCCGCCUCGCAGCACAAGGACAACAAAUUCUUUCCAAUCUCGUGGAGGGUGAUCGGCGGGGGUGUGUUAGUCGGGGGAGCAAAGAACGGUGAGGAGGGAGAUAAGAUCUCGUCGCCAGCCGAUGGCAGCAGCGUGCCGCGUGUUCCCCCCUCCCCAAGGGAACCAUCAGCUGCUGAAAACCCGCCCCCACCUCAUAUCCCUUCAAAGGCAAACGAAUUACCCAAGAUCCACACAUCGCCCGGCACGCGGAAGCGUUCCAACUCCAUCCCUCUCACACCUAGCGGCGCCCAGGUCAACGUCAACAAUCUCUUCUCUGCCGAAUCCCCUGGUGUUUUAUAG